AUGAAUACCCUUUCAUUAUUUAAAAAUAAUUUUGAAAACAAAACUUGUGACAAUACUAAUAAUCAAAAACAAAAAGUACACAAAAACGAUUAUCCUUAUUUUAAUGAAUUACUUGGAAGAAAAAUAAAAGGAUGGGAGUGUGAAGAAAUAAUAGGAAAAGGAACAUUUGGUGUAAUUUAUAAGUGUUUCAAAGAACAAACAGAAGAAAUUAGUAAAAAAAUAGAAAAAAUUACUGGUGCAUUAAAAGCUGAAGAUCAAACAAAAAAAGUUACACAUAUAGUAAAAGAAAUACGUAUAUUAGAAAGUUUAAAAAAAAUACAAAAUGGAAAAAAUUAUUUUGCUGAAGUUUUGGAUUAUGGAGAAAAACGAAAAUUUAAAUUUAUAAUAACAACAUUAUUUGGAUCAAAUCUUUUUGAUAUUUUAAUACAAAUGCCAAAUCAACGUAUUGAGAUUAGAACAUGGAUUCGUGUUGUAAUUAAUAUUUUUGAAGGAUUAAAACAUCUUCAUAGUAUAAAAGUUAUUCAUAUGGAUUUAAAACCUGCUAAUAUUAUUGUUGACUAUCAAAAUAAAAGAAAAAAUCAUGAAAUUGUUGUAAGAAUAAUUGAUUUUGGAUUAGCUAAGCAUCUUAAAUAUAAAAAUAUUGCUGAAGAAAUACCAAAAAAUUUUGUAAUUAAUAAUGUAACAAAUGAUAAAAAUGAUCCAUACUGGAUUGGUUCUAUUUUUCAUUGUUCACCAUAUAUUCAUAAAGGAUAUGAUUCAUCAUAUAGAGAUGAUAUUUAUUCAUGGUUAUAUGUAUCUAUGGAUUUGUUUAAAGAACUUCCAUGGUCUCCAAAUGACACUGAACUAAGUAUUAUUAAACAAAAAUUUAAUUCAACCAUCAAUACUUAUAAAAAUUAUUUUCCAAUAGAACUUGAAUCAAUAAUUAAAAGUAUUGUAGAAAGCCCUCCUAACAAACCUCCUGAUUAUGAUGGAAUUUUAAAAGAUUUAAAAAAUUUUAUGCAAAUUUUAACAAUUUCCUGGAAUGAACCAUGUCAAUGGGAAACUAUUUUUGGUCAGAAACAAACUCUUCAAAAACAAAUUAAUCUUUCCCUAAAACAAAGUGACUUUCCUGAUUUAAUGAAAAAAAAAAUUUCUGAUAAUGAUAUAGUAGGACAAAAUAUAAAUGAGAAAGAAAAAAAUAAUAACCAAAAUUUAAAAACUAAUGGAUUUACAAAUGGGAAAAAAAAAGUUAAGUUUAUAAAUAAAUAA